GGAAGUGGAGAAAAAGUGAGACUUUAUCGUGCGUGUGUGAAAUUUUCUACAGAAUUUUACCAAAUUCUUGACCCGUGGUGGGCAUUUUUGAACGCAUGUCGAAAAAGGAAGCCGCCACAGGUCGCAUGGUGUAGACGAUUUUCCGGGAGAGUGUUGGGAAAAGGUGGAAAUUGCGUGUAAAGCCGUGGCAAUGACUACGUCGAUUGCGGGAGUCGAGAGAAAAUUUGAUUAUGAUGAAAUUCAUCUUUGCACCAUUGAUUGGCGGUCAGAAAGGCAAACCCGCGAAAUAGGUAGGAAUUUGUGAUUUUCCUGCGACGAAGAUAAGCGGAGGUGCGGGAGAAAGCCCUCUGCCGAUGGUCCACAUGUUAAUUAUCCAUCGAAAAUAUAAACAAACUCCAUACGUAAAAAAGUGACAUUGACAGUGAAAAAGUGACACUUGCGUGAGAAUUCCCCUUUCCCGGGGAAGCCGGACUGAAGUUGCCAGGAAGUGGUGAGCAGGCGGGAAGAGACACCGCGUGAAGGAUGUCGGGGCGGGGUGGAAAGCGGCGUGGGAGGCCACCCAAAACCCCCGUGGUGGAGAGAGCGUCCAAGUUCCAGUACCACUUGAUGAAGAAGCCCAAGUAUCUGCUGAACAAGGGCUCAGAUUCGCAAAUGAGUACACCGUCAGCUUCAAGGGCAUCGUCGCCACAAGGCAGUGACGGCAGUCGCAGGAGCACCUUCAGGGCAUCGGCGUCCAAGACUCGGAAGACCCGCGGCGGAGGAACUUCCAGCCGACGAACAACACACUCAGCGUCGGUGUAUCAGCGAAAGGGCUAUGAAUCGGAAUAUCAUUAUGGCUCAGAUUUUGGAGAUUCCACGGACAAGAGUGAUAUUGAGGAUGAUCCACUGCUAAUGUCGCCAUCAGAAACCGACAGUCUUGACGCGGUGGAUCACGAGAGUGACAGUGACUUCUCGUUGAGCAGUUACAGCACUAAUAGCAAUCACGUGAGACGAGGUCCUCGUCCGCCCAGUCCAGAACCUCUGUGGCUGCAGGCGCGCGAAUUGCCGCCACUUGAAUUGCCGGCCACGUCGGAUGACUUGCUCGUGCCGCAAGCAUAUGCACUCAAAGUGGCGUCCAUCUACGAGGUGAUGCGACGAUUCAGGAACCUCGUAAGACUCUCACCAUUCCGCUUGGAGGACUUUUGUGCGGCUCUCAUGUGCGAUGAGCAGAGCAAUCUCCUGACUGAGAUCCACAUGAUGCUACUGAGGGCUAUUCUACGCGAAGAGGAGGCACAGGCGACACAUUUUGGACCGCUGGACCAGAAGGACAGCAUAAACAUCUCCAUCUACUUGAUGGACACAUUCUCGUGGGCGGAGGUGAUGCGAAAGUAUGUUGAGAGUGAUGCGAAUUUCGACAGAAAUGUGUUGAAUAUUCUCACCACGAAGGAAUAUCCUUUCUGUGGCAUCGACGAUCGGAUGGCGGUGCUGCAAUUCCUCGUGGAUCAGUUUCUCAUAACAACACCCGUGAGAGAUGAUAUGCUGCAGGAGGGUCCCAUUCACUAUGACGAUCACUGUCGAAUUUGCCAUCGUCUUGGGGACUUGCUGUGUUGUGAAACGUGCCCAGCGGUCUUUCAUCUUGAAUGCGUGGAUCCGCCACUGGUGGAUGUGCCAACGGAGGAUUGGCAGUGUAGUAUUUGCAAGAUUCACAAGAUAUCCGGCGUGAUGGAUUGUGUAUCGUCGCAGGAGAAGCAGGGCGUUCUCUGUCGCCAGGAGCACUUUGGCUUCGAUCGACACGGUCGGAAGUACUGGUUUGUGGCGCGUCGACUGUUUGUGGAGAACGAAGAGGGCACGGAGAUUUGGUACUACACCACGGUGAAGCAAUUCGAGAGACUCAUGUCGAAGUUGGAUGAGAGUGAAUUUGAGAUGUCACUGUGUCAUGAGCUUAAUGAACACAAGGAGGAGAUUGUGCGACAGAUGACACUCACGGAAACGCUGACGAAUCAACACAAGGGCGGCAAGAAGUCAUAUCUGGAGAUUGAGAAUGCGAGCAUUGAGAAGGUGCAGAAGGAGGAGGGCCAGGAGAAUGGUCAAGAGGCGGAGAAGUCCGAAGAGGAGAAGAAUGACGAGAGUGAGAGCAAUUCCACAACAGAAAUGGACGUUGAUGGUGAGUGUAUGAACAAUAAUGGAACAGCAAGUGGGGUGAAGGUGAUUAAAAACAUGGUGACACGCUCAAAGGCCACCCCAAUGAGAGAUGGUAAGAAUUCUGGGGAUGAUACGAUGGAAUCUAGUCGUAUUACGCGACAUCGUCUGAGUCAGAUAGCAUCUGGAACGCUGUACUUUAAGUUGGGCAUGGAGAAUUCCUUCCGCACGUAUGUGAAUCAAUACACUACAAAUAUCAAUGCACUGAAUAAACCGCAGAGAAAUGAGGAACGUGACAAGAAGAGGCAUUUGUCACACAAAUUCUCUCUGACACAGGCGUCUGAGUUCAAAUGGAUUGGUGCAGUGAGUGCCACACAGAUAAAUAUUGUGACAACACUGAGGGCAACAUUCCUGGCAUUGGAGCAAAACAUCUCAGCGCCAUACUUGCAUCCCAAUUGGAUAAAUAUAAGAAAGACAUGGGUCUCUGCCGUGGCCAAUUGCAAUCAACCUGUUGAAUUUUCGCGGGCACUCAUUGUUUUGCAAGCAUGCAUGAAGAAUGUCCUGUUUGCCAAUGUGUGGCACGAGCAAUUGGGUCACUUGAAAUUGUACAGAAUCACAUCUGGUGAGCGCGAGGAGAAGAAGAAGCUGGAGAAGCGUGAGAAGAGAGAGAUGGCCGAUGAGGAGGAGAGAAAUCGCAUGACAUACAACUUUGUCAAGUAUUCACUGGGACUGAAGCACCAGGUGUGGAAGCAGAAAGGGGAGGAAUACAGAAUUCAUGGACAAUGGAGCUGGAUUUGGAUGUCAUACAGUCGUCGACAGGGACGUGCGAUUAAUGAGGGGCGCGACUGUAAUGUGCCCAAUAAGGUGAUGACGAGACUGAGUAUGUCGGAUGGAAGUGAAAAGAUUCUGGCAUUGGAGCCAAAGUCCUAUGAUUUUUUGAAGAACACUGAUUUGGCUAAUCCUCUCAAUUCGUGCAUCCCUGAAAAUCUACGAGGUGCAACAAUUCAACCAGUUGUGGACAAUUUUGACAAUAUCAAUGUCUCUCAAGCGUUGACGUCCUAUGGACGCUUGUUGUAUCCAAAAGUGGCGAAGAAAUCCCGCUUGGAUGAUCUUCUACAGCGCCGCGUUCAUUUGCGGGACAUGGAAGAGCGCUCGAUGAAUCGUGCGAAGGGAGAGAUGGACGUCGAGAGUUCACCUAAUGUGCCCAAACACACGAUAGCCGGACCCAAACUGGGAAUUGUGCCGGAUUUGGGAAUUGUGAAGCAGCCCAAUAACAUUCAGAAAUCCGGACAGAUUGGAGCAGCCAAUGCAGAUAUGUUGAGCAAUUUGUCUAAGAGAAUUGAUGCUGUGCGCUCUCACUAUGGUCAACUGAACAAGGCCUCAAAGAUGUUCCAGUGCUACAGUCAAGAAUGCAACAAUGCUUCUAAUGUGGUACUCACAAAGCCCAACAAUUGCUACUCGCCACUUUGUCUCCAGAAGGAUCGGGUGCGACGGGAGUUGCUGGCGCUGACGAAAAGAGCUCAUGGUCAAGGCAAUGUGACGAAUGUGGCGGUGGGCAAGAAAUCAUCAAUUCUGGAGCAGAAACUCACUGAGGGGCGUUUCGAGGAAAGCUUUGAGGAGGAGGAUUUUCCCACGAUGAUUAAGAAGUCUCUGGAAAGCGCUUAUCAGACAAUGCGUGACUACAAUGAUGAAGCCAUUCAAGCGUGCAUCAAUCAAGUGGAUCCGGAGGAGCCUGUAAAGGUUGAGAAUGAGGUGAAGGAGGAGAAGAUUGAAGAAAAGCCUGUGGAGAAAAUGGAAGUUGAUCCAGAGCCACCGGCAGCAGAAGUGGAAAUACCUGAAACGCCAACCACAGCAAAUGGUGAGUCUGACGCAAAGAAGCCUAAGUUGGAGGAGGAGGAGAGCGAUCAGAAUUCCAACUCAACGGAUGCUACGUCGAAGGAGGAUGAUAAGUCAGGGAGCGGCGAGAAGGAGGAGAGCGUAGAAGCGCCACCGAGAAGGACACCUCGUGGUCGGCCGCCCAGGAUUAGUCGCAAUCUAACAACUCAAACUACCACCACAACAACAAAGACAACGUCAAAGUAUGUGGAUGGGAAUUUGUCUAGUUACCAGUCCGAGUCCAGCGUCAAGACGCAAACUGUUGAGAAUCAGGAGGGCGUGAAGAGUGUCACGACAAGUACGGUGAACUCUGUGAGUGGGAAGACACAGUUUGUUGAGCGGCAGAAUCGACGCUUUGCCACGACGAAGACUGUGAAAAAGGAGGAAGUGACGAAGGUUGAGAAGGAAUAUGGCCCUAAUGGUGUGGAGAGGGUAUUCUCAACGAAAUCCUGCCGCGGUAGGAUUUAUUUGAAGCGCUAUGUCACUGAAGCGGCAGAGACAAAAUCCAAACAGAAGCCAACAACAAUCAAGUAUCCAAUGACGGGUGAUUUCCUCACGAAGCAAGGAUCGCGAUCCAUAUUGAUACUGCCAAAGCAUGAACUGAUUCGAUUGGCACGAAGUGGCGGAAGGAAUUUCGUUGUUGGAUUCCAUCAGAUGACGAAGAAUAACACAUCAAUUUGGCCGUAUCCGUGUUCGAGACCGUUAUUCCGCACAUGCUGGAUUUACAGGACAAUCAAUGUGAAGACAUUGAGUGCUGUGGCAUUGCAGCUGAGGAUCCUGUGGACUUGUCUUCGGUGGGAUGAUAUGAUUACUAAACCACCGACUACAGAUGGGAAACAUCAGAUUACCACAGAGACUGAGAUAAUGUCACUGGAAUUACUGAAACAUCGGUAUUUGGGGAAAUUUAUGGAGCGAACGCAGUAUUUGAGACGUAAGGUUGUGAUACCACUUGAAUUGCCGAAAGCGGUGCGCGAAGUGACAUCAAUUCGGUCGGGAUUGAGGAAGCGUAAGAGAGCCGAAUCACCUCAGCACACAGAGCCUCAAGUCACAGAGGAGUGGGUUGAUGAGGAGAAGUUGGAAUUGUGGGAGAUUAAGUUGUAUGGCGAGAGACAAGAGAAGGCGAAUGCAUUGCCGGUGACGCGUCAAUCUACAGGAAAAUUGCCACCGGCGAGACAAAUGGACUUGCAACAUGGUAGCAAUUCAUCAUCAUCGAGUGGUAGUGGGACGAAGACAAUUAUUGUGAAUAGUAAUGCAACUCCGGAGGAGAUUAAGGCAAAGAUGGAGGAGCAAUUGCGCAUUCAACGCGCUGCUCAUCAUCAAAAGCGCGCUAUGGAAUUGAAGGCACAAGCAAACAAAACUAGAGCGGAGGAUGAGGCUUCAAAGAAUCCAGGUGGAACUGUUUCGACGGGAAGGGUAAUAAAGAGUCGCAAUAUCCUUGUGAAACAAGCUGAUGGAACGACGAAGAUAAUUCAGCAGCAAAUUGUGAAGCAGCCAGAAACACAAAAAGUCCAGAUUAUUCGGACGCCUGAUGGGAAGGUGUGUGUGAAGGGAUUGAAUCCGGGUCAGCAGCUUUAUCAACUGCCAGAUGGGAAGAUUCAAGUUAUCAGUAGUCCAGUUGGAAAUAAUGCUGCUGGGAAUAAGGCAAAGACUUUGAUUGCCAGGGCUAUUCAGCAGAGUUCGGGAACUUCUUCUGGUUCAUCCACAGUGACUCGCCAUCAGGUGACGCCAAAAGUUGCCGUGUCAUCGAAAGCCAUUGCGAGUCCCGUUCAACCGAAAGCAAUUGGCCAGAAGAUUCAAGUGACUGGCAAUCAGAUCAUCAGUUCUGGUGGAGUGGUGAAGCAAGUGAUUUCGACCUCACAGGCGGGAAGUGUGCAGAAGAUUCUCACUAGUGGACAGAUUGUGGGCAGUUCGUCGGUGCAACAGCCGAGUCAGCAGAAGAUUGUCACCACGUCGAAUCUGCAGCAAUUAUUGCAGCAGACUGGUGGGCAGAAGUUGGUGUUGAGCCAAGGACAGGGCCAGAGGAUUCUCAUAACGCCGGCGGGACAGCAAAUUGCGCAGACCGCGACGACGGGUCAGCAGAUUAUUGUGCAGCAAUCGCAAGCGCCGAGCGUGCAACAGCCACAGCAACAGCAGCACAUUGUGAUCAAUCAGGGCAAGGUGCAGCAGGUGAUUGGUGGUGGACAGCAGCAGAUCAUUGUUGGUGGUCAGAGGAUUUUGUUGAAUCCCGGUCAGCGGAUUGUCACGUCUCAGGGUGGGCAACCGGUGCAGCUUCAAGUGCAGGCGACAUCGGCACAGCAACCGCCAGUGUUGGCGGCCGCAAGUACACCAACUGUUGUCCAGGCGAAUUCCACGCAGCAAACCGCUGUUCUGGCUUCACCAUCGCAGCAGCCGCAGCAACUUGUGAUUCAGAAUGCCAAUCUGGCUCAACAGUUUGCUAGUGGAAAGCUUCAAUUGGCUACAAUCAAUGGUCAGCAAGUGUUGCUCCGUCCUUUGGCUGGCAAUCAGGCGCAGAUUGUGGCUCACGUGAAGCCACAAGACACCUCAACGUCGACAGUGGUUGUGGGAUCGAGCCCGACGCAGCAACAGCAAGUGUUGGCAUCACCCACACAGCAAAUCACAUCUCCACCGACCACACCGCAGAAGGUUGCUGCUCCCAUCUCACCUCAAUCACCGGCCACGUCCAGUGGGCAGCAGCAGACGAGUCAGACGAUAGUGUCGCCGAACAUAGAGCACUCUCUGCUGAAGGGACAACCACCGGGCACGGUGAUAAAGUGUGUGACGGCGCAGGUGAUUCAGACAGCUGCCGGACCGAGGAUUGUUCUGCAGGGCUUGGCGAACAAUGACUUCACGCCGCAGCAAUUGUCUCUUGUGCAGCAACAAGUGAAGCAGCAACUUCUAAAAGCUCAAGAAUCGAGUGGGAAACAGGGUGUUCUUGGACCAACAAAGAUCUAUCUCGCCGUGCAGCCGGCUACGCAGCAGGCGCAGCCGCCACCGUUGGCUCCUGUCCAGAGCAAAUCAGACAUCUCGUCGCAACAUCAAAGUUCAUCGGGUCAGACGACACUGCAGAAGCAAUUGUCGGGCGGUGCUGGUCAGAAAGUGGUCGUCAAUGGGGCUGGCAUAAAUGCGGAUUUGAAGAAAGGGUUGAUUCAGAAAGUAUUGACGGGGAGAGUACAAAAAGCCCAGCAGCAGGAUGGCAGCGAAAGUGCCAAUGAUAAUGAAAAUGACGAGGGCCAAUCCACAACAGAUGCCGGCGAUGAUGGGGGUUCCUUUGUCGUCACUCCCGAUUAUAUCCAGCAAACCAUCAAGAAUGCCCUGAAGCAGGAGAAUCUCAAUCCGGAGAUUGAGGAGAAACUCCUCAAUCUGCAACGCUAUCAGGAGCGUCAGAUGAAGAGUGACACGCCGCAGAUGAUGAGUCAGCCGAGUAUGCGUGCCAUUUCUCCGUAUGAGGACAUCCCCUCGCCGCCAGCGAGGCGCAAGAGGCGAUCGAGUAUGUCGCAGGAUGAUGAGGAUUGGGUCUUGGAGACGCCAAGGCGACGACCAACGAAGAGCAGCGGCUCUGCUCCGGGAACAUCGUCGGAGAAGAAGUUCACAGACGGAGUUAAUAUUAGUACGGGACAUCCGGUGACACCAUUUGUGGGCUCUAAGCUGAGGAGUCAUCUCAAUAGUGAAAAUAAGAUACUCGCCACGUCCACACCUAAUCCGGACAGGAGUGGUCUCGUCACGAAGAUGCGGCCAGUACCACGAAGGGAGUUGGUGACGAAGCGAGAAAUAGAGUUGCGGAAGAAGCAGCAGCAGCAAAUGCAGAUGCGUCUCUAUCGGCAGAAGGAGUUGCUGAAGAAGGACAUCCUGAAGAAGCGAGUGCAGCUCGAGAAGGAACUCCAGAUGGAGAUCCAGAAGGAGUUGGCUGUGGAGUUGGCGGCAAGGGCGAGUCAGGAGAGAACGAAACAAGAGGAUGUGAAACCACCUCUCGUGCCAAAUCCCUCGAAUACGACAAAAAGAAGAUCUGGUGGAGGCGCAACUGUGGUGGUGAAGAAGUCUCUGUCUCCCGUGCCAACGCCUGUUUCGUCGUCCAGUGCGCCAAAUCAGGCUCAAGUGCCGCCAACGAGAACAACCAAUCGCACCAGGAAAGCCACGGUGAAGAAGGCAGAGUCUGGACAGCACACGAGUGGCUCGAAGAAGAAGGAAAAGCUGUAUUGUGUCUGCAGGACGCCCUAUGAUGACACAAAGUUCUAUGUGGGCUGUGACUUGUGCAACAAUUGGUUCCAUGGUGAUUGUGUGGGAAUCUCGGAGGAGGACUCGAAGAAGCUCAAUGAAUUCAUUUGUGGUGAAUGCAAGCACGCCAGAGAUACUCAAGAGUUGUACUGUCUAUGUCGGCAACCUUAUGAUGAAUCACAAUUCUACAUUUGCUGCGAUAAGUGCCAAGAUUGGUUCCACGGCAGAUGCGUUGGGAUUCUCCAGAGUGAGGCGGAGUUCAUUGAUGAGUACAUCUGUCCAAAUUGUACGAAGAAUACUUCAGUGAAUUUUGCCAACAUGAAAUCUCUCACACCGGCUGAGUUUGAGAAUCUGAAGAAGUUGAUAAAACAAAUCACGACACACAAGAAUGCAUGGCCAUUUAUGGAGCCUGUGGAUCCGCAGGAGGCUCCAGAUUACUACAAAGUGAUCAAGGAUCCUAUGGAUCUGGUGAAAGUGGAGGAACGCAUUGAUACGAAGUGGUACACAACAUUGUCCCAAUUUAUUGCUGAUAUGACAAAAAUCUUUGAUAAUUGCCGAUACUACAAUCCGAAGGAAUCGCCUUUCUACAAAUGUGCUGAGAGUUUGGAGGCAUUCUUUGUCCAGAAGAUAAAAUUUUUUCGCGAAAAUCUAGUUGAUAAGGGACAGUAAAGAGAGAAUGAGUGUAUGAAAAUUCCUUUGUCUCAUCCCCCAUAAAAGAUGGUAUGAAUUUAAGCAAUUUUUUUCUAAAGGAUAUUUUUGAGAAACGAAUGUAGACGUAAAUAAUUGUUUGAAAAGAGGUACAAAUGAAUUAUGAUAGAGAAGAAGAAAACAAAUCUUCACGGUUUUAUUUUAACUUUGCUGAAGAAAGAGAGAGAUUGUAUGAAGUUCUUGUAGAGAUAUUAUGUCAUAAGAUUUGCAAAUUUUACGAAAGGCAAAAAUACCAAGAUUUCAAUUUCACUCACCAAGAAUGUGUGGAAAGGAUAAUUUUUUUUAAAUGAUAGACGUUGCAUUGAAGUAAGGAUUAGAAACUACAAUAAUGAAUAAGAACAGAAGUAUAAUUUUAAGGAAUUUUAUGAAUUCUUUUGAAUUUUUAAAGAUCACAUAAUAAAGAAAAAUGAUGAAAUUAAA